AUGAACACAAUUAAAAAGAAUGUCUUAAUUUUGAUAAUACUAGAAGCAGUCUCGCUGAAAAUUAACUUGAUUCCUCCUACCGGUUUCCCGCCUGAUACAAAAUUCUCAAGCAGUCUAGUUUAUGACCCAGACCACAAUCAACUCUUUACAUUUGGCGGAAAUUCUAUAAUUAAACCUUACACAAAUGACCUCGCAUCAUUUGAUUUGACCCAAAAAACUUGAAAAUCAAUAGUUCCAUAUACAUCUACUGUCCCAGAUCCUCGGCAGUCAACUGCAUUAUUUUUUGACUCUAAAAAUCAGCGAAUACUAUUAUAUGGAGGAAAAACAGCUGCUGGCAUAGCUGGAGAUUUUUGAUGCUUCAAUUUGAGGUUAAUGGCUUGAAAAGAGCUUGAACCUCAAGGAGAAACUCCAGGCGUCAGGGCAAAUUCUGCAUAUACCACCUUUAUCAUAGAUGGAAUUUCUUAUUAUGCUAUAUUUGGAGGACUAGAUAUAUCAGGUAUAGAUAAUACAUUAUACAUGUAAUUAGCAUUCAGCUUAAAUGGAACUUCUAUGAUUUGGACGAAGCUGGCCAACAAUGGAAACCCUCCUUUAGCGCAAGAAUGGUCAAGUAUUACUUAUUAUAAUAACUCGAUUUAUAUGUGAGGAGGUUUAAAUCGUGAUGGUAAGCCAUUCCAUGACACAAGGCUGUUUAGGUAUGAUUUAAGCUCUUUUUAUUGGUUCGAGAUUUCUAUUAAAGGAGAAAAGCCUGAAGGAAGAGCUGUUCACACAAUCUAUAUAUAGUCUGAAACCUUUAUGGUUUGGCUUUCCGAUCUUUCUUGACGGGAAAGAAAGGAUUUGGUGAAAUCAACUGAUGUUGGUUUCACCGACUCCUAAGUGGCAGAAUCAUAUAUGCAGGGUUCUGCGAUUGGGAUGCAUAUCAAGCUCCCAUCUUUCAAUCAAGAAAGGUCGGAAGGCAAGCCAUAAAGAUGUCCGGGCUAUACUCAACAAUUUCUUAUACGUUAUACUUGGCUAUGACUGGAGCAAAGGAGAGUAUUAUAAUGAUAUUUGAAAGGUAAAUCUCAACCUGCCAGAGAAAUGAAUAAAAGUUCCAUUUGAGAACUCACAAAAAGUCCCUUGUGGAGGCGGCUAUGUACUAAUAAACUCCACAGUCUACGAAUUCUCUGGAACCCAGCUGACAAAGUCAGUUAAUAUGAUGAUUUCAUUUGAUAUUUCUAUCGAACCAGUUGCGUGGGUAACUGAAUCUCCAAACACAAUUGGCCCAGGUGCCAGAAUGAUGCACACAUUUUGUGUAGAGCAAGAUCAUCUAUGACUAUUUGGUGGUAUAAACUCAGACCAAACUUAGUAACUUUUAAUUAGCUUGAACGAUUUUUGAAAAUUCGAUUUAUCAAGCUAUAAGUGAACCCAAAUCAAUCCUUCAGGAUCAAUUCCAUCUCCAAGACACAGUCACGCUUCAAGCUUAAUGUUGGAUACAAUCUUGGUAUUCGGAGGCAUAGACAGCACUGGAUAUUUAAAUGAUUUUUAUGAGUAUUUAAUCUAUGCAAAUGUAUGAAAGCAGGUUGUGCCGAUUGAUAACUACUAUCCAAGUCCUAGAGCUGGAGCUUGUGGCGCUGCUUCAGAGGUACAGUUUUUCAUAUUUGGAGGCCUAACAAUAUCUGGACUGACGAGUGAGUUAUGGAUAUUUGAUAUCAACACAUAUCAAUUUACACUUCUUGAUGAUGGGAGUAAGGACAAUUUGCAGCCUCAGAUGUACAAUAAAUGCUUUAUUAGGAAAAUAGAUAAUGUUGUGUAUUUUUAUAUUGCCUCAGGAGAAGGGGAGGCAUCAUAUCCAAUAGGAGCUAUCCAGAGAUUCAAUUGUCAGUCAAGUGCCUGAGAAGUGGUUCUAGAUGAAGGGUUUGGGAAUUUUUCGUUAUCAAGGGCAGCAGUUAUAAAUGUAGAAAACUAUAUGAUCCUUGUAGGAGGAGAACAGUGAAUGGAAGGGGCUUAUGAUGCUAUUUAUCUUGUAGAUUUAGAUAAUAGUCAAAGUCCGACUGAGCUUGGACACCUGCCUUCCCCGAUUUUUUCAGCUGAAAUUGCUCAUUUUAGAGAUCGGCUUUUUUUAUAUGGGGGAGGAGACUCCAUAUUUGGAGAAGUCCAAUCUUAUAAAGCACGAAAUUCUUUUUAUGAAAUUAUAUUCAAUGCAUCAGAUCCCUUUACUAUACCAUGUAGCACGGGCACAUAUUUAAAUGAUUGUAUACCUUGUCCUGAAGGAACUUAUUCUUCUCUUCUCAACUCUGCAGCUUGUGUUCCAUGCCCAGUUGGGACUUUCGGUGUCUCUAAAGGCUGCUCUGCAACUGAAGAGUGUUAUCCCUGCUUAUUUGGGACUUUUUCUUCAGAACAAGGAUCAAGCAUCUGCAAGGUAUGUCCAGCUGGGAUGUUUUGCCCUGUAGGAACGGUUGAACCUCGAAUAAGAGCUCAUUCAGAAUCUUAUAGUAGCUCACAGCCUAGUCUUUAUAAGCCCAAAUAUGAAUUUUCAGACAAAAUAACUCUUGAGCUUGAAAUUGCAUUUGGAGUUUUUAUAGGAAUUAUUUGCAUUGUGGCAGUCUCUUUUAGAUCAGUCAGAAAGCAUCUUCAUAAACUUGAUCUUUAUGAUGACAAGCAUGAUGUUGAGCUUUAUCAGCCAAUCUAUAAGAAACAAACUUCGACUGGUGGCUUCUUCAGUGUUGCUUUCAUUCUGCUAUCAAUCUUAUUUGCAAUUAUAAGUAUCUUAAGCUACUCUUAUGAUAACAUGACUGAAUCCAAAGCACUCGCUCCACUUGUGUCCCUUGUAAAUACAUAUAGCACUUUUUCUGGAGACAUUAAAAUAGUAACUACAUUUUUAUAUUAUGGAGGUUUUUGCACAAGUAAUAAUUCUUGUGUAAACGAGCUUUCCUAUCAAAUAGAAAACAUGAAAGGAAAAUUUCAUGGCCCUGUCUGUGAGACACAAGGUGCAGAUUGCAAAAUAUCAUUCACUUGUAAUGAUUGUAUUUUAGACACUGGUGCCUCAGCUUAUAUAAUUCUAGAAGAAUUAAACAGUUAUUCAAGUGCUAUUUCUGUAAGUGUUUCCUCUACUUCUUCAAUUCCUAAUGAAUCAAGUGAAGUCUAUAAGCUAUUAUACCCGUCAGAUAUUUCUCAGGUCUUUAGAAGCCAUACUCCAUCUCAAUUUACUUUCCAAAUGAUCCCUUCUGUUUUUCUUACAGAUUCUUCUAACUGAAAAGAUGGAGAAACAGGAUAUCAUGUCUCAAUGCCAGUUAGCCCUGUAGAAGGAGUUACACAUAAGGUGGCAGAGUAAGUCAUAUUCAGGAUUCACGUUGAAACCUCGCUGAGAGCAAAAAUUCUUUUGAAUUUGAGUGACUCAGGGUUAGUGACGUCAAGAAAUUAUAAGCAAAGCUUUUUUGCUUUGAUUAGCAGUCUUUUAGGAGCAAUCUCUGGGCUUAUUCAAGCUGGAGGGUUUUUAAUGGGAUUUUAUGAAGGAGUGUGCAAUAAAAUAGCACACAAAAGGCAAAGGAUGCAGGAAUUGGAAAAUAUUAAAAACAACAGAGAAGAUCUCCACAUGAAGAUGCCUCAAAUAUCAAAAGAAAGUAUUUUUUAUUUGUGGAGCUUGGAGAGUUGAAGAUGGGUGAUUUCCUGAUGGCCAAUCUUGGAGGAAUGCAAAUUGGUGAUUCACUGGGAAAAACAAACUCAGCUUUUGCAACAUUGAAGAGCUCUGUGUUGUGUUUUUGUUUUGUUGAUGUUAUUAUAUUUGUAG